AUGGGCUACAAUUAUACUAUUGAAUAUAGAGUAGGCAGUUCUAAUACAGUGCUAGAUUUGUUAUCAAGGCGCCAUGAAUUGUGCGUGCUUCAAGCUAUUUUCGCCCUCAUUUUCGACAACCUUGACCAGAUUGCUCAUGCAUGUAGUUGUGAUCCAGAAGCUCAAAUCAUCAUACCUCAAUUACAAAAGGGAAUUUCAUCCGGGAAAGGUUUUUCUUACCAAGGCCAACAUCUAUGGUACAAAGGGAAGGUCUUUGUGCCAGCCACUUCAAAAUGGUGCCCCAAUCUACUACUUGAAUUUCACUCUCCUCUCACAGCAAGGCAUUCAGGGUGCUUGCGCACUUACAUUCGCCUAGCCUGCAAUUUUUCUUUGUCAGGUUUAGUAGUGGUGGAUCGCCUAUUCAAGUAUGGUCACUUCGUGGUGGUCGCACAUCCUUACAAGGCCAGCCAAAUUGCCGAAGUGUUCAUGAAAGAGAUAUUUCGUUUACAUAGCAUGCUGAAAUCUAUAGUCAGUGACCGCGAUCUAGUAUUCAUUAGCCAUUUCAAGCUCAAGCUCGCAUUGGAAAGGUUCUCCAAAAUCCAUCCCAUUUUUCAUGUUUCCCUCUUUGGAAAAAACGCAUUGCAUGUUGAUGGUAAUUGUCGUGAUGUCUAA